AUGCCAACAACUUGCGGAUUUCCGAAUUGCAAAUUUCGUUCUCGCUACCGCGGUCAGGAGGACAACCGCCAUUUUUACCGCAUCCCGAAGCGUCCUGCCGUACUUCGCGAACGUUGGUUAGAAGCCAUUGGUCGUUCUGAAGAGACAGUCGUCAGUCAGGUGAGUGACGCCGAUCAUUCGCCGGCCAGAAGUCGGUCCGUUGUUUAUGCAGUCCGACGUAAUCAUGUAGGCAACUGA